GGAUCAUAAUAAACAUCAAGACCUCUUCUCAAAUAACCCAAAACCUUAUUCACAUACAUUGAAUACGCUUCCAGACAAGCAUCAUGUCAAACACAGCCGGAACACCUGCGACAUGGGUAGUGGUUGGUGCUUCACGGGGAAUCGGUCUUGAGUAUGUCAAGCAGCUCCUUCAGGCAGGAAACACAGUGAUUGCCGUAGCUCGCAACCCAGAUGCGUCGGGACUAUCGGCAGCGAUUAAAGCUCAUGGUAGUCCAGACAAUUGUAUCGUGGAGCAGUGCGACGUUGCAAGUAGCGAAAGCAUCGAUAACUUUGCUGCCAGAAUGAGCGCACUUGUAAACAAGGGACUCAGACUCGAUAAUAUCGUCAUGAAUGCAGGUGUCCUCAGAUAUCCAAAUCGAGCAACGGAAUUAUCAUACGACAACUUCAGAUUCCACAUGGAAACCAACGUCAUUGGACCCAUCAUAUGCGCACAGAAACUGGUCAGCUUAAACCCUGAUAACCCUCCUUCCAAACUGAUAUUCAUCUCAUCUGACUCCGGGUCCGCCGCCAACUUUCUGGCUUAUGAAGAUGGGUUCGCAGCAUAUGCGGCGAGCAAGGCUGCACUGAACCAGAUGCUAAGGCAUAUGGCGCAGGAGUUGAAAAGACGCGGCGGCAGGUGGGCUGAGAUAUGUGUUCUGGCUCUCCAUCCCGGCGAGGUGCACACGGACAUGAACUCUGGCGAAGUUGGUACCUGGGAUGUGGGAACUCUUUUAGAGCCAGAUGAGAGUGUCUCGGGCAUGCUUAAAGUGAUUAGUGAGAAGGACCACAAUGAUAGUGGCACAUUCUGGUGCUGGGAUGGCAGGGCUUAUCCUUGGUAACGAGGGACAGCCAAAUUAGGAGCCUUGUCAGUAAUGCUUGCAUUACGAGACUU